GAUCCAAAGCCAUUAAAAACUUGCUGCUUCACCGCCUUCUCUGAUUCGGUUAUGAAAAACCUACAUUUUAAAGAUUUCUUCUGGAACUCUGAUUUGACCUCCACUGCUGGCUAUGAUGCCAUCAUCCUGUAUCUCAACGACGGCAAAAGGACAUGCAAGGAGGUGGAGGACUUCAUGAAAGCCAGGGCUUCAAUUGAAGAGAAGUACGCCAAGGAUCUGCUCAGUUUGUCCAAGAAGGUCUGUGGACACAACGAAAUGAACACAUUAAAGAGAUCUCUGGAUAUGUUUAAAUUACAGACUGAACAAGUCAGUCUGACACACUUGCAGCUGGCACACAGCAUGAGGGAGGAGGCCAAGAAGCUGGAAGAGUUUAAAGAAAAGCAGAAAGAAGUGAGGAAAAAGAUAGAACAACAGAUGGAUGUGCUCCACAAACAGAAGUACUCACAGUACAAGAAGACGAUGGACUCCAAGAAGACGUACGAGCAAAAAUGUCGAGACAAGGAAGAAGCAGAUCAGAACCUGAACCGGAACACCAACCUUAGCAACACCAAGCAGUUGGAGAGGCUCCAGUCAAAAGCACAACAGGCCAAACAGAAUGCAGAAGAAGCAGACAAGUUAUACCAGCAGAAUGUAACCACACUGGCAAAGAUCAGAGAUGACUGGCUGAAGGAUCACAUCAAUGCCUGUGAGUUCUUUGAAAACCAGUCAGUAGAGCGUAUCAACAUUGUAAGAAACACAAUCUGGACUCAUCUUAACCAGCUCUCUCAGCAGUGUGUCACCAGUGACGAGCUCUAUGAGGAAGUGAGGAAGUCACUGGAACAAUGUGACAUCCAGGAAGAUAUCGAACACUUUGUAAACCUCAGACGAACCGGAGAUAAGCCACCAGUUUCAGUUCUGUAUGAGAACUUCUACAGCGGUCAGAAGUCGCCCACUGGAACAGCGCCAUCACGGCCCCUGCCAUCACCUGCCGUCAGGAGAGGACCGUUACCGAACCCGACCCAUAACAAUGAGCCAACCUACUCAACGGUGAAGGACACAGGCUACAGUUUGGUCCAUUACUAACUUUCAGAUUCACGUAUCAUUUCCUCUGCGAGUUCCUGGAGCCUACACAAACCCUGUUACCAGAUGAGACAUCAGUUUCAUAAUAAAUGUUUUGACUUUUGUGAUCUAAACAUAUCAGCUAAUUAUAAAGGUUUAUCAAAUUUAAUUUUUAAGGUUUUCGUGUGAACUGUAUAAAAGAUAAACAACUCAAGGUGUAACGUUUUGUGCUUUAUUUAGUUGAAUCCGUUGCAGAUCAGAGCAAAAACAAAACGAUGCGUUUGAUCAGCUUUGUUCACGGUUCGCGUUUAGAGAGAUUACUACAGUGAGACUUGCCGUGCAGAGCUCCUUUCCCCCUCAGUAUACUGUAACUCCAUCAGAAAUUAUCUCCUUUGUAUGUAUUUUUUCAGCUUAUCAAUGUUUAACCCAGAGUCACAAAGUAACGUGCCACUUGUUUUCAUUUCCUCUGAGAUGUGAAAGCAUCUCACCACUGACUGUUCAAAAGUUUCAAUAAAAAUCCUGAUUAAAGCUCCUUUGUUUAAAACCUAUAACCUUUUACUUGUUCAAUGAGUUAAAUAUACACUUACAUCCAUUAUUAUACACUCUACAGACAUUUAAUUAAAACUUCAGCAUCAGUUUAGCUUCAGUGAAACAGUUUGUUAAUAAUACUUAUAUAUAUAAAUGAGACAAAAAUAAGUAUUUUAAAUGCACUUUCAGACUCGGACAUUUUCGGCUCCAACUUUUAAUACAGCAGGUAAAAUAAGUAUUGAACACGUCAACAUUUUUUCUCAGUAAAUAUACAGUAUUACUAGAGGUGCU